GGGGACGGGGUCACCCACACUGUGCCCAUCUACGAGGGGUACGCCCUGCCCCACGCCAUCCUGCGUCUGGACCUGGCUGGCCGGGACCUGACGGACUACCUCAUGAAGAUCCUCACGGAGCGUGGCUACAGCUUCACCACCACCGCCGAGCGGGAAAUCGUGCGUGACAUCAAGGAGAAGCUGUGCUACGUCGCCCUGGAUUUCGAGCAGGAGAUGGCCACGGCUGCGUCGUCGUCCUCCCUGGAGAAGAGCUACGAGCUGCCCGACGGGCAGGUGAUCACCAUCGGCAACGAGCAGUUCCGCUGCCCGGAGGCUCUCUUCCAGCCUUCCUUCCUGGGUAUGGAGUCCUGUGGCAUCCACGAGACCACCUUCAACUCCAUCAUGAAGUGUGACGUGGACAUCCAGAAGGACCUCUACGCCAACACGGUGCUGUCUGGCGGGACCACCAUGUACCCCGGCAUCGCCGACAGGAUGCAGAAGGAGAUCACAGCUCUGGCGCCCAGCACGAUGAAGAUCAAGAUCAUUGCUCCUCCUGAACGCAAGUACUCCGUGUGGAUCGGGGGCUCCAUCCUGGCCUCACUGUCCACCUUCCAGCAGAUGUGGAUCAGCAAGCAGGAGUAUGACGAGUCAGGCCCCUCCAUCGUCCACCGCAAAUGCUUCUAAAUGGACUGCGAGCAGAUGCGUAGCAUUUGCUGCAUGAGUGAAUUCUGGAGUAUAAGUUUGCCCUGGCAAAUGUAUACACCUCAUGCUAGCCUCAUGAAACUGGAAUAAGCCUUUGAAAAGAAAUUUGUCCUUGAAGCUUGUAUCUGAUAUUGGCACUGGAUUGUAGAACUUGUUGCUGAUCUUGACCUUGUAUCCAAGUUAACUGUUCCCUUGGUAUAUGUUUAAUACCCUGUACAUAUCUUUGAUUUAAACCCUUAGCACAUGUGGCUCGGUCAGUUCGUGGCUGAGGUUGAGAACAUGUUGAUGGAAGAGAAAUCCAUUGAUUGGAGAAUCUGCAAGACCAUGAGGUUCUUGAUCUGUGCAGGGUAUUAAUGUCUAAGAGCUGCCUAUUCCAGGAUUUCUCUAGAGGCUGGCCAGAGUCCUGAAUGAGUUGUCAUUUCUGUCUUGCCGGUCUUAACAGGGCUGGGAAGGUCCGAGCCUUAGGACCCACUUUUCCUUUCUUACCCGAUGUUUUCCUGCCAGAACACCGUGGGUUGUUAAUUGCCUUGAGUUGGAAAACGGUUUGCAUUUACAACUGUAAAUUUAUUCAUCCUUUUAAUUUAUGUAAGGUUUUUGUACACAAUUCUCAAUUCUUUAAGAGAUGACAACAAAUUUUGGUUUUCUACUGUCAUGUGAGAACAUUAGGCCCCAGCAACGCGUCAUUGUGUGAGGAAAUAAAAAGUGCUGCAGUAAAAAAAAAAAAAAAAAAAAG